CCCUCCAGCUGUUUCUCUGGCAGAGUCCUGUCCCAUUCAGCCCCCAGUGAGCAAAGAGGGCAGGACAGACCGGGGGUCUCCCUGGGAGCCUCCAGGGGACGAGGAUGUUCCGGGAGUGCCGCGCUCUGGGGACUCUGGGGGGCCCAUGAAUGAGGGGGUGAACUGCUUUCUUGGGCAAACUGCCCCAGGCAAAGAACAGUGUGACUUCGAGAAAGAAGUCGGGGAACACGGGUCUCCUGCACAACCUCCAGUGACCUGAAGUCACGGAACCCUGGGACGACCUGGGCGAGACCAGCCACAAAGGUGAAGAAACUGAGAAUCCUACUGGGGGAGGCACAAGCUCAGCGCUGUGGACUCAGAGAAUGGAGACUGAGGAUUACAACACCUCCUACGAGGACUACCCCGAUGACUUGGACCCCAUCGUGGUUUUGGAGGAGUUAUCUCCCCUGGAAGGUAGAGUGGUCAGGAUCUUUCUGGUGGUGAUCUACAGCAUUAUCUGUCUCCUCGGGAUCCUGGGCAAUGGCUUGGUGAUCAUCAUCAUCACCUGCAAGAUGAAGAGGACGGUGAACACCAUCUGGUUCCUCAACCUGGCCGUGGCCGACUUCCUGUUCAACAUCUUCCUCCCCAUCCACAUCGCCUACGCCGCCCUGGACUACCACUGGGUGUUUGGGACGGCUAUGUGCAAGAUCAGCAACUUCCUGCUCAUCCACAACAUGUUCACCAGCGUCUUCCUGCUGACCGUCAUCAGCUUCGACCGCUGCGUCUCCGUGCUCCUCCCCGUCUGGUCCCAGAACCACCGCAGCGUCCGGCUCGCUUACACGGCUUGCCUGGUCAUCUGGGUCCUGGCUUUCUUCUUGAGUUCCCCAUCCCUUGUCUUCCGGGACACGGCCCGCCUGCACGGGAAGAUAUCCUGCUUUAACAACUUCAGCCUGUCAGCCGCCGGCUCUGCCCCAUGGCCCGCUCACCCCCAGGUGGACCCGGUGGGCUCUGGCCGGCACAUGGUGGUGACCAUCACCCGCUUCCUCUGUGGCUUCCUGGUGCCAGGUCUCAUCACCACCGCCUGCUACUUCACCAUCGUCUACAAGCUGCAGCGCAGCCGCCUGGCCAAGACCAAGAAGCCCUUCAAGAUCAUCCUGACCAUCAUCGUCACCUUCUUCCUCUGCUGGUGCCCCUACCACGCGUUCUACCUCCUGGAGCUCCGUCGCGGCUCCGUGCCUCCCUCCGUCUUCAGCCUGGGCGUGCCCCUGGCCACCGCCAUCGCCAUCGCCAACAGCUGCAUGAACCCCAUCCUGUACGUCUUCAUGGGUCAGGACUUCAAGAAGUUCAGGGUGGCCCUCUUCUCCCGUCUGGUCAAUGCCCUGAGUGAGGACACAGGCCACUCCUCCUACCCCAGCCACAGGAGCUUUACCAAGAUGUCAUCCAUGAAUGAGAGGGAGACUGGCAUGCUCUGAGCCUCACCUGGAAACCCCCCAGUGGAUGCUCCCAACCUUGGAGGCUCAAAGCUACGCCUUCUGGACACCACAACAAGAACCUCUUGGGCAACCCACAGAUGCCCACUGUAUUUUCCGUGGGGCUGAGCAGUCUUUUUGAGCUGGGAAUCCAGGGUUUGGAACGCCUUUCCUCCAGGGGCGUGGUGGACACAGCAUGCUGAGGUACUUAGGCUUGGACCAGUAUCCUGUGCAUCUUCAGAGACUUGCCUUGACCAAUGCAAAGCAAAAAAAAGGGAGAGUUUUCUAAAGCACUGGCAUGAACUGGGAUGGGCAUAAGACAGAGGGAUUCAGUUACCUACCCGAGCACUUUCCAGGAAUGACACAGAGAGUUUGCAAGGUCUGUUCCUGGUGUGAGGAGAGGAGGUCAGAGCCAAGCCACUGUGAUGUAGGUCACGCUUUGCCACAGAGCCCUAUAUUAAUAGCUGGCCAGAAAUCCUGCUCUUAAGCCAUUCUUCGGGUCUAGGGCAUGUUGGAAUGCACAGACCUUCUCCAGGUCACCUGGGAAGAGAAGGUGACUUAAGAACUCAGAAACUCCUGGGACCACACAUUUGACUUUUAGAUCAGCUGGAAAGAUAGACAACAGGUCCUGAGGGGACCACGGGGCUUUUUAAUGGGUUCAAGAGAAGCAGGGCUACAGUGAAGACUUGGGUCUUGUGCGGGAAGGAAUGGAGAAAGAAAAGACCUUUCAGAGGGCGUUUGACAGGAAACAGCUCACCCUAGAACCCUCCAGGGCAAUGUUGCUUCAGGCCGUAGCUGUGUUGAGGGUGGGGUCAUGCUGCCAGCCCCUGGCCCCAAGCCCUGUCCCCACUUUGCAUUUGUUACCAUGGGGCUGGUUUGAGGUGGGCAGCCCCCUACUCACUCCAUCACAGGAAUUCCUCCCUCUUUCCUGACCCACUGACUCUGGCUGGAGAUGCUCAGAAGAAAACACUCCGGGGCAAGGGGUGGGUGGUGGGUGGGGGUGGGGGGUGGGAUCUCUUCUUUCUCUACUUCCUCAGAGCCUUGCUGGAGCCUAGCCCGAAAUCAGCUGCUGGAAGCAACCUGGGAGCACCUUGAGGACCAAAGAUGCCUCCGAGGGCUCAAUCCUUGAGCUCGAAGCAGAAUCUGGAACCUGGCUCUUUGGACUGUGCCCCUGAGAUACAGGGCCUGGGGGCGGGCCCAGGACUCCUCCUGUGGGCAGUCACACCAUCUUUUCUGGGGCUCUGCUGCAGAGUCAUCAUCUCACUUACAAACGACAAAGGUGAUGCUCACAGUGGGAAAGUUACCCAGCGUCACAUAGCCAGCCAGGGGGCAGAGUCUCCAGAAAAGAACAGAGCUGUUCUGUCAUGGAGAAUGCCUCUGCGGAGAAUAUUCUACACAGUCCUGGUAACCUACAUUUAUUUAGCACUUCUAUGUUAAGCACUUUACAUGUGUAUCUCAUUUAUCCCUCACGGCAGCCCCGAGGUAGGUACAAUUAUCACUUCCCUUUUAUGCAUGAGGCUUCUGAGGUUCAGAGAGUUUAAGCAACUGGCCCAAGGAUGCCCAGCUGGUCUCUGUUAAGAGUCUGGACUUGAACCUAUGUCUGUCUGGCUCAAAGAAGGCUGCAGAGGCUUAGGGUUUUGAGCAUUCAUAUAUGCAUAUCCCUCAGCAGAUUCAUGUUAACAUCUUAAGGGCUUUAAAGGCAGCUAUGCAAAUAGUUUUCAAAACUGAUCCAAAGUGUCAGAGAAAAUGUACUUGGCUCCCAGCUUCCUUGGCACCCGUUCACACCCACCCACCCUGGCUCCCACCUCCUGUGUCCACACACACCCCUCCCCACCGCCCCCCCCCCCCCCCCCAGCUCUCCAGAGAGGGCGGCAGGGAGGGAGGCCUGAAGGGAGGACCCUUUGGCCUCCGAGUGUCUAUAUUCCGUUCUCUUCCAAGUUUCUUUGCUGUGAAGCCAUUUCUCCAACAAGAUGCAAUGAACAGAUGUAACAUCUACACAGCGCUGGGCGAGUUCCUGAGGCCACGGGCUGUUUGGAAUCGCACCUCGUUUAGAGACAAACUAUUCCUUCACUCUGUUGGGUCAUUGCGCUUGUGAAAGGCAGCUCUGAGUUGACCCUACUGGGGCCUCCAGUUGCUUCAAGCAGUCUGAACUUAUCUUGAGCGGAGGGAGCUUUCAAUAUUGCCCAGAGGCCCCUGUCACCCACCCCCCACCCAGCCAACUUCACAGGCAAAGAAUCCAGGGCACGAGAUGGAGUGAGAGGGGUUCCAGGCCCAAGAGACAGUCACCAGCCACUUGGAGGAGGACCACGCUAUUUGCUGGGGCUCAGCUUCUCGUUCCUUCUGGGCUGCGUGCAGGCCAGGCCAGGCUGGGGGAGCCAGGAAAUCAUUUUGUCUUUGGAAAAGCUGAUGAACAGGAGCAAAAUGAAAACCAUCUGUGUUCCUCCUUGGAGCCAGGCCUCACUCUUUCUGGUUGCCCCACUAGUCUUCCUGUUCUGACCAUCAAAUGCUCAAGUGCAGCCGUGACAACCUUUUCAGUCUCGUCCCCACAGCUUCUUCUGAGGGUCCCCCCAGGUCACAUGUUCAAAGGCCCUGCAGUUCACACAACACAUUCACCUGAAUUGCUCCACAGGCAGCCAACACGCUGGGUGCCCACGAGAGCCUUCCCUCCGGGGCCAGGACCCGCCAAUGGGUCCUGCAGCGCUGCCUCCUAUGUGGGGUGGGGUGGGUGGAGGGGGCACGGGGUUGUGGGCAGAGGGACAAAAAGAGAAGAUGCUGUUUGAGGGCGGGGGGAGAGGAAGGGGGGAGAGAAGCGCGAAGGAGAACAAUGAUGAAGAAAAGGGAUCUGGCAUUUAUUAAGCAUCUACCCUGUAUCCGGCCCAGAAUCUCAUCAAAACCUCAAAAACAGCCCUGUAAGAAGAGGACCAUCAGACACGGGUGGGGGUGCAGAAAGGGAGGUUUGGCCUGUGGCCCCCACUUGUUGAGAGUCACACAGUAGUAAACGGAACUGGGUCUGCUGCCCGAGAGAGUUCCCAGCUUCUUCAGCCCUUGGGAGGAUGGAGAGGGAGGGGGAGAGAGAGAGGAGGAAGAGAAACAAGAGGGAGGGUCUCAGAAGGGGAGUUGGACCCAGGUGCUGGCCAAGGGAGGAGUUUGCCUUAAGCUGGACCCCAGGGUCAGCAUGGAAAGCAGAGCCCAGGAUGGAUGGGAGAAGAGAGAAUCCAAUCAUGAGAGCCUCACCGGCUGGUCAGUCUCAUCCCCAUCCAAGUCCUCCCCGUUUCACAGAAGAGGGAACUGAGCUUGCAAGAGCUGCCCUUGGAGAAAUCUGCAAAAGGAGGUGUGCUGGCUUGGCUGGUUGGUCAGUGAUAUCCCAGCUCCUGGUCCCGGCCUCCCUCUCCAUUCCUCCCGGACAUGCUUUGGUGCUCUGGCUUUGGAGAACUGCUCCUGGGGCUGGGAUCCAGGACAAGGGGAAUCGGGAGGCAGCUUCUCCAACCACGAAAUAAUUCAUUAGGGCAUUUGCUUGCUUCCUCUCUGAAGACAAUGUUUCUCUUGAAUAAACAGACUGAAGCAAG